AUGGCCACCAUCCUGUCGAUGGAAUUUCCCUCGUCCGACGAGGAGGAUGAUAACUACGACGUCGAGGCGGAGCUGCAGAAGGAGCUGAAGGAGGGAGACCUGUCCGACGAAGUAAAGGAGGAGCUGCAGGAGGAGUGCAAGCAGCUAGUGAGCAAGCUGGGGAAGGUAAAGAGAAAAAAAAGGAAAAAUGAAACCAACCCAAAGAUGAUCAAAAGUAUUAUAAAAAACUCAAUCAUAAAGGAAAAAAUAGAAAAAACUUACCAUGACAUCAACAGGGAGUAUGAACAGCUGUACAAACACGAAAAGUCAGUUAGCGAUGAAGACUUCCUCUUGCAAUUCCACAAAAAGUAUCCGCAAGAGGAGAAGAACUACAACACAAUGCAGAAGCUGCACGACCAUUUGAAGAAAUACUCGCCAGCGUUUGCAGGAAAUGAAGAAUCCCCCGAAAUGGACAUAAGAGCAUUCAAGGAGAAGUGCCGAAACCAACACUAUAACAGCGACAUUUCCAGUGUGGUGAAGAACGCAUUGGAAAACUUUUACGAAAAUAACUCCGUGAAAGUGGAAAAAAAAUACAUGAUGCAGGACAAAAUAAAUAUAGGAGGAAAUUUUGCAAAUAUUGAUCAGCUUGUUCAGAACAUACAAGAAAAUAAACAAAUCAACACAGUCGAUAAGUCCACCGAAGAUUGGGCCUACUAUAAAAUGGCUAAUUCCAUUGAUGAGGAGAAAUUGAAGGCAGGGCAAAAUUAUUUGGAAAAUAAAAUUUUCAGUGAAAAUGUAGAGCGGAAGGUGUACGAGAAUAAUAUUAAGAAGCGGGCCCCUUGA